AAUGAAUAAUAUUUUUUCCUCAACACUGAUCGUUUGCUCCUCAUUAUUUAUUUGUUUGUUGCGAAACGAGGAGCUUUAAUAAAUUCAAAAUAUAUGCAACAAGUGGAUUUUAAACCUACUGAUAACGUGGUGAUAUAAAACAAGAAAAAUAUGUGCAAUUGAAGUCUGAAAUUGUUUCGCAAACUUUUAUGUGUCAAAAUAAAGUCGUAAAUUUAACUUUUUUGCAGCAAUAGUGAAUAUUUCGCGGUCACAAUUACAAAGAAUUAUAAAUAUUAGGAAUUUAAAGUUAUUCACAUACGCUUGAAUUGUGUUGAUAUCUUGAAGUUGAUUGUUUUGUUAAUAAUUGCAUUAAAAGAAUUCAGAAGAGAACAACAAAAAAUAAAAGGAAAUGUGUAACUGUAGUGGGAAGGUUGUAAUUAUUUAAUUAUUCAUUUAAUCUACAUUCUUCAUCACUAAACAAAUAAAUAAAUUUACACAAUAAACAGUGAGAAAUAACAUCAUAAUGCUUUAUCUUCGUUAUGAGUCAAUGAAGUUUUCAACAUAACUGAUUUGCAUAAAUAAUCAAAAUUGUAAAAAAAGAUAAGACUUAAAUGUUAUAACGAAGAUAAAAGUAGAAAAUCAACGGAUAUGAGCUGGCUUCGAUCAAGUCCGCUGCGUCAGAGUAUUUCUCGUCGCACUCAAGACUUGUCAAGCUCCGCUACUGACAGCAAGGCAGUGAUUGAUUCAUUCGGAAAUCACUGGCAGCAGGUCCAUCAAAUCAUCGGUCGAUCCGAGACUCGUCAGACACAACGUGAUGAUGUGUCAGCGGUAGUAAAUCAUUUGGAUCAUAUGGUGACGUUAUUACUUGUCGAGUUACAAAAUAGCAAUAAAAUUGUGUUGCCAAAUGGUCAUCAACCGCCUGCACCUUGUCUGGAAUUUAUGCUAAGCGAGAAUCUUCUGGAUAAACUUUACGAGUGGAGUUUAUCGACAGGACAAUAUGCGAACACUGUUCGUCUUGAACAACUUAAACUUUUUGAGCUGCUCGUCAGCCACUCUCGGCACCAACUUCUCGUCCAUGAACCGUUCCUUCGACCAUUACUGAAGUUGUUGGCAUCGUGCCAAAAUGAAAUUUUCCCACACGAUGUCGGAAAACGUUUGGUGAUUUUAUUAAAUCAACUUUGUGUCGUGUUGAUGCAAAAUGUUCAUCUUUUGGAUUUAUUUUUCUGCUCAACUCAGCAACAUGGUCAACAAGUCAAUGGUGGAAAUCAAACGAAUUUUAUAAUCUUUUCACUGCUUAUUCCUUACGUUCAUUGUGAUGGAUCAAUUGGACAUCAAGCAAGAGAUGCGUUGCUGUUAUGCAUGUCGUUGUCGCAAAAAAACUCUAAUAUUGGAACGUACAUUGCCAAUCAUACAUCGAUGAGUCCUGUACUUGUGACGGGCCUUUGUGGUCUUUAUUCAUCACUACCGAACUCCAUUGAAAUCCAAUCAAUUGAUUGGUUCCGAAUAACAGCCGACGACGUCAAUGACAUGCCCGAAUUGACGCUUUUCAUGAACUCUCUUGAAUUUUGCAAUGCCGUCGUACAAGUGGCACACCCGCUGAUCCGUGAUCAACUACUCGACUUUCUCUACCAGGGAUUUCUCGUACCAGUUCUGGGACCAGCGCUUUUACAAAAACUUAAAGGAAGUCAUUUGCAGACUAAUGUGGAAUCGCAAAUAUCGGCGAUGGUUUAUUUAGAUUUGAUUUUGCGGUCGGUGACCGAUCCGGGAUUGCUUCCGAUUAUGAUUAAAUUUCUAAUGGAUGUUGAGAAGUUUGAUGAGCAACGAAUUAUCGAUGUGUUGAUUGAGAGAAUUAAUUCACCUGACUCAAGGCUAUGCAUGGUAACAUUGGCGCUUUUCGACACUCUUAUGAGUCUUCACAAUGAACAGUUGAUGACGGAUUUAAUCCUUAAAUACCUCAUGGGUGCACCUCAUAUACCAAUCGCACAAAAGCACAAAAUUAAUAAGAUUCAAGCGUAUGCGAAAACUGUCGACUAUUUUCUCGACUUGGCACCUGAAGUUAUGAAGAAUUCUAAUAAGAUAAUUGCUGAACAUAAUUCUAUGGAUUAUCAACAACCAGCGUCAAUGCCAGCGUCAACCUCAUCAUCUUCACAGACGAAUGUCAGCCGAACAAUCGGUGCUAAUUGGAAUCAUUACGGACUCCACAAUACCGGCGAAACAUUGUAUUCAAAUUACCAUGCUUAUCUUUACGAUGCACAUCAGAAGAUAAAACGAACGAAGCAAGCUUGCGAUCAGUGGUCUGAUAACUACUUUUACAAGCCACCAAUGAAAGAUAAACAAAGACAGCCUUCAAUAAGAUUGCCAAACGAACAAUUAGUACAAAUGAUUCGAAAUUUCUUUACAGAAUUUCAUAUUGAAACGUCCGAAGACCAUGGAAAUGCAACAUCUUCAGUUGCAUUAACAAAUACCACCAAUAGUGGUAAACAAUUCGAUAGUCUUCAGUCUAUUGGUGAAAGCAGCGGCUACGAAAGCAUGAAAUAUCGACCAGACGAAGACGAUGAAACAUCGAGCGAUAUUUCACAACAGAAAACAAACGAUAGUGGUUUCAGUACGAUGGUUAACAACAGUGGAAGUAACGUCACCAUCAUAAAGAAUCUUGAACCAUGGCGACAAUCACGUUAUAAAGAAGAUCAAACGAUUGAACUUGAGUUGAGCGAAGAAAUUUUUUCGCAAGGGACUGUAAGCUUAGGUCCCUUCUUAACAUCGAUUUGGAGCAAACUUCAAACAUAUACGAGUAAUUUGUUGUAUGUCAAUCUUCAUUUAACGGGAAUUAUUUCGCACAUUUCUCUUUAUCCACUUCCGUUGGUGCAUUCAAUUUUGUUACGUCCUGAUAUUCCAUCGACAAGUGACAUCCCGUCAUUUUAUCAAGUUCUUAAGAUUCUUAAACAACAAAUUGACGCUGAAUUGCCAAUGACAGAAGAAUCUUUAGAAAUGAUUGACAUGGGAAGAACUUUCUUGAUUGACCGUGAAUUUCGAUUGAUUAAUGCGAGGAAAAUUGCACUUGAAGCAUUAAAAGCAUCAAAUAAACUCGCAACAACUUCAUCGCAGCAAUUACAAUCAACUUAUGAACCAUUUAAACGCCAAGACGUGAAACGAAGAUCGGUUGGAAAUCCAAUUAUGAAUAUUUUUCGAAGACCUGCAGCAACUCCAGCUGCAUCACCAUCGUCAUCAACAUCGGCGACAAAUAGUCAAGCUCACUCAUCUGGUUUCGCACAAAUCUAUGGUUUUCUUGCCGGAAUCGCCAGUAAUAUUCAGCUAAGAGAUCAACCAAAUUCACUGGAACUUCAAUCAUCGUCGAAUGAUCCAAUCGGGAUAAGUGCAAGUUCUUACAUGAAUGAAAGACAUCGAGAUUUAGCAAUUUCCGCUGUUCUGAUGGACGAGUGGCUAAAAGAGAUGUCAGCGAUAUCACAGGAAAUGUCCAUUGUGCUACUGAACGAAAAUCUGAAGCGUUAAAAAAGAAAUUUCAUCACACCGUCAAUUUGAUAUUUUUUCACUAUUUUCCUUUGAUGAUCAUUUUUAAAAUGAAGCAAUUUUCUGUGCUGUUUGAAUUUUUAAUUUUUUUCUUUCUUGUUUGAUAGAUAACUGAAAAAUGUUAAAAAAGAAAUAAAGAAACAUAUUUUAUGAAUUAAACUUCCUUCUUCGUAUCGAACUUCAUU